UGUUUCUCUUUGCUUCCUUUCCCUUAAAACCUCGUGGUCUAUCCCUUCCCAUUCCUGUUCUCGGCGACCCAACGCUCUCAUCACACAAAGCACGCAACAUAAAACAGCACUAAGGAAGCUUUUUGACUUCCUCCUCCAUUCAAUGAACACUCCUGGAUCUUUCGGAAUCGUCGAUUACUCCUUCCCAAUGUGGUCCAAGAAGCACGUCGGCUCGUGGCUCGACGCUUUUAAGCCUCGCCGCUCGUCAACCUCUUCUUCUUCGACAUCAUCAUCCCGAGCCUCUUCAUUUUCUAUGUCCUCGCGGUCAGGCCCCAGCAGCCGGAAUGGCUCCUUGGCUUCCCUGAUGUCGAUGGGCACAGUAGAGGAGCAAGAGCACCUCAUGGCUGAGCAGCCAAAAAGGCCCGCAUACGUGCCGCAGCACGCGGCCAAGUCUUUCAUGAAGACGGCGACUUCCAAAGAAAUUCGCAAGAACGGUGAGAUCCUGUGAAGGUUCUCGGGUCUCUGUAACGAAGCGGCAAAAUAAAGAGAGAAACUCCCCUCCCCCAGAAACUUCAUCGAAACCCGGAAAAUUCGCUCUCAUCAAUUGGCUCCGUUCAGGGCCAACAACCACCCCUCAGUCCACGAAGACCAAACAGAGCCCGUCGAAACAACUACGACAAUACCACCCCGCCAUUGACAACCACUACGCUUGUCCCUUCGAGCUCGGAAUAUUCGAACUUCCACACAAGUAGACGAGACCUCAGCACAGCACCAUCGCCGAUGGGGGACGUCGGCACACCUCAGAUGCUGUCAUAUCAGCGCCUGUUCGCCCACAUAGCUUGACAUUUGGCAAGAAACCGGGCGAGGAAGGACUUCCCAGGAAUGGAUCUUCGAGGGGCGGUAUCUCUUUCUUCACGAAAAAAACCAUUAUAUCCGCCAGUUAAGGCGUGGUUAUGAGUCAUUUGGUUGGUACAAAUGUCAAAGGAUGGAUUUUGGGAGCGCAACCUUUUUUACAC